AUGCCUUUUGGUUUGAAGAAUGCUGGGGUGACAUAUCAACGGCUCAUGGACAGGGUCUUCGCAGAUCAGGUAGGAAGAAACAUGGAGGUCUACGUGGAUGACAUGAUCGUAAAGUCCGUCCUGAGAGCGAAUCAUCAUGAAGAUUUGCUGGAAGCUUUUGGUAGGCUUCGAAAGCACAACAUGAGACUUAAUCCAGAAAAGUGCUCUUUUGGUAUACAAGGAGGAAAGUUUCUAGGCUUCAUGAUAACAUCGAGAGGAAUUGAGAUCAACCCGGACAAAUGCAAAGCAAUUCAGGAAAUGAAGAGCUCAGGCAGUGUGAAAGAGUGGAGUCCAGAAUGCGAGGAAGCUUUCAGUCUCCUCAAGGAACUGCUGUCUGCACCGCCAGUUCUGUCAAAACCUGUCCAAAGCCUCCCCUUACAUCUGUAUUUCUCUGUUAGCGACCAUGCGAUCAACUCAGUAAUUCUCCCAGAGGCGGAAAGCGAACAAAAAAUAGUCUACUUUGUGAGCCACACACUUCAGGGUGCGGAAAUCAGGUACCAGAAGAUUGAGAAGGCGGCGCUCGCUGUGCUCGUGACCGCCAGACGCCUAAGGCCUUACUUCCAGAGCUUUCAGGUUAAGGUAAGAACUGAUCUACCUUUAAGGCAGGUGUUGCAGAAGCCAGACUUAUCGGGAAGGCUCGUCACGUGGUCAAUGGAGCUGUCGGAGUAUGGUUUGCAGUAUGACAAGAGAGGGAAUAUAGGAGCGCAAGCUUUAGCAGAUUUCGCGGUAGAGUUAACACCGGAAGUCGGCGAGAGGGUAAGUACGCAGUGGACACUAUUCAUCAACGGAUCGUCGAAUGAAAAUGGGAGUGGAGCAGGGGUCACGCUGCAAGGGCAUGGGGAGUUAAUACUAGAGCAGCCUUUGAGAUUUCAGUUCAAAGCAAGCAACAAUCAGGCGGAGUACGAAGCGUUAAUCGCGGGUUUGAAGUUGGCCAUCGAGGUUCAGAUCGACAAUUUGCUAGUUAGAACAGACUCGUUGCUGGUAGCAAAUCAAGUAAAUGAAGUGUUUCAGGUAAAGGAGCCUGCCCUGGUAAAAUAUCUGGAGCGCAUGCGACUCCUCAUGGGUCAACUGCAGGAGGUGGUAGUUGAGUUCGUGCCAAGGGCGAAGAAUCAAAGAGUGGAUGCCCUGGCAAAGCUAGCAAGUACCCGGAAACCUGGGAAUAACCAGAGUGUAAUUCAGGAGACACUGGCCAAUCCGAGUAUAGAGGGGGAGCUAGUGGCCAGUGUCGAACGCCAGGAAACUUGGAUGGACCCCAUCGUGGACAUCCUGGCAGGAAGGCCAAGCGAGGUAUUAAAAUACACGAAGGAGCACAGGCGAGAGGCGGGACACUACACACUAAUUGAUGGCGCGCUUUUUCGAAGAAGAUUUAGCUCGCCCCUCCUGAGGUGUUUGCCGCCCGGAAAGUAUGAGGCCGUCAUGGCGGAGGUUCACGAGGUAGUCUGCGCCAGCCACAUCGGGGGAAGGUCCUUGGCGUGCAAAGUGCUCAGGGCAGGGUUCUACUGGCCCACGAUGUUGAAGGAUUGUGCGGAAUUUGUGAAGAAGUGCGAAAAAUGCCAGAUGUUUGCCGACUUUCCCAAGGCCCCGCUAGAGCAAUUGGCCACAACCAGCGCACCAUGGCCUUUCGCCGUGGGGGAGUUGACCUGGUGGGACCCUUUUCGACCGCCAGAUCACACAUGA